AUGCCGGCGACUGGGUUCUCAGGGUUCGGUGGGACAUUCGAGCCUGACUCGGGCAUGCCAUCAGCGACCUAUGGCGGUGAAUUCAUGAUCGAUGCCGACGACAACUUGUUCGGAUUAGGGACAGCCGACUCGGAUGCCCUCCAGGCUCUCGACCCCUCUGCCUGCGGAGACACCAAAGCUCUUCUGACCACGACUGGUGGUUCAGGCCACAGCGCCAAGCCAGGCGUGCCUGGCUUUUCCCCCGCCUCGCACCGAGACUCUUCGUCAUCAGCGUCGACUUCGUCGAGAGGCGCCGACUCGACCUCGCCCAAGACGGGCAGUCAGACAUCGACAGAUAUGAUGAUGACAGACGAUGCCGCGCUCGGCGACUGGAAACCACUCGACGGCCUUCCAGAUGGCCUUCUACAUGGCGACGAGGGCAACUUUUCCAUGAUGGAUGAAUCAAUGGAUUCCUCCAUCGCCGCGGAUCACCACAACCACUUUGACAACAACUACUUCGAUUUCGAGAGUGCAUCAAGUAGUCCCAGUCCACCGACAGCAGAUGGACAAAACUCGUUAUCUCCAGAAAGUCAUAUAAGCACUGCCCAGGUACCGAUAAAGAGCCCAAGUGCCAAGAGAACGAAGACCCAUGUCAAGGCGCAAUCUCAACAGUCUGUUACACAGUCGAUGCAAACCCUACGCACGAAUGGCUCAAGAGAGGUCUCGCCAAUGUAUGCGAGCCAUGAGUCGUCACCAGCCGCGAUGUUCCACGCCCAAUCUCCUGACACCAAAUUCGACUUCAUGAACCCGACGCCUACGAAUGGCUUCGGAGGAAACCAGGCUUGGCCACAGGGCUUUCCGCAGCACCCUAACGGAUCGUUCCAAGGCUAUCCUUCAGCGUCUUGCCAUGGCUUGCCUCAAUACCACCAACCACCGGUGUUUCCGAAUCAAGCCCCGAAGCUGGUAAUUCAAUCGACACCGCUCAAGUCCCGCGUGGAGACUCAGAUCCCAAUAAAGAUGACGGUAUACAACAUGCCGCCAAUGUACAAGCGACUUCACCUGCCGAUGCAUACUAUAUCGAAGGCCAAGCUGCUCGCAAAGCAGAACGCAGAACGUUCUCCUGACCUGCUCGAGCUGUACACCAUGUUGGUAUGUAGUAGCGCCAUGCAAGACGACGAGAAGCGCAAGAAGGCCUUCGCUCGCGCUGCUGCAAUAGGCCACCCAACAUCCCCAGACGUUGGCCCCUUGGAGGACGACGACAAGCCACAAAACGGUGGAGAGGUACGCAUUUGUUCAGGCUGCAUCACGCGAGAACGGAAACGAGCUGGUCGCAAGAAGAACAAGAAGCCGGAAGAGGACGAGCUGUGGGACAGAUUCCAGAACCAUCGGGCUAUUGUCUUCAAUACCAACGAGGUGAAGGAGUGGCAGGCGGUUGCUGAUCCUGCAGGUGUUGGUAUUCGCUUUCCUCCUGGUACCAUGCAAGUAGAUGCGCCUAUGCGCAUAGCUUGUUACUGCAGGCACCAUGGCGAAAAGGUUGGUUUCAGGGUCAUUUUCACCAUCAAGGACUUCAAGGAUCGGGUGGUUGCUCAGGAGAUCUCAUCCUCCAUCAUGAUCACAGACGAUCACAAGGCUCAUGUGCCUGCCAACCCCCCUAUGCAGUCCUCGGCGUCCAGCAGCACGGAAAAUGCAGUAGCCACACAGGCCACUGAGUCGUCACACGAUGGCAGACCGCUCGAAGCACCCCUGCCGUUCCGGCAAACCCAUUCCACCUCGGAUCUCCAGAGCCUCCAGCAACAUCCAUCCGCUCUUCCCACGUAUCAACCCGCAAUGCCGAAGCCGACGAACUCCCAAGGCACGUCCGUCACAGCUACUCCGAGGAACCAAUCGCGGCAAGCAUCACCUGCAAGCCCCUCUGGGCCAGUCUCCAAGAAGAGAAAAGCCAGCGGUUCAGCCAAGGUACCGACUGAACUGGCUAUGACACGUCUUGAGACAUCCCAACCCCCUCUGAUACCGCCCCCCACAAGCAACCAAGGCGACUCAGGAAGCAUUUCAGGUGCACCUUCGCCGUUCUCACCCCAGUUGCAUAACUUCCCUCCUGUCGCCAACAGUUCGCUAUUUGCCCAAGGCCCUCAACCUGGCUUGAACAGUCUACAGCAGCCUUUCACGACCGGACCGCCGACCCCGAAUAGCAACAGCAAUGAUCAGAUACUGUUCUCAGGAGCAAACAGGAAUAUGAGCAUGGAUAACAUGGCUUUGUCUCAACCCAUGUUCUCCGCCCCUGCAUCAGCUCAUCCCAGCCGUGCUCCCAGCCCAAGUCAACUAAGAAACGAGGUGAAUGCUAUUCAGCAGAACCAGAUGACCCAGGCUUUAUACACACAGCCAAUGAACAUGAACACUCCCCGACCCGCCAACCCUAUGAUCCACAAGAUCAUCCCGGGCGAAGGGCCGAAAUCAGGAGGUAUCGAGGUCACUAUCCUCGGCAGUGGUUUCAUCAAUGGCGGCUUGGAGGUCAUGUUCGGAGAUCAGAGGGCCACAACGACUACCUACUGGGGCGAGACUUCGUUAGUCUGCCUCCUCCCGCCUUCACCUGUGACUGGUCCCGUCAUCGUUACCAUCAAGCAGCCACAGGUGCCAGACCAACCAGCCUUUGGAAAGAACCCGCCGAUCUUCCGCUACGUUGACGAUAAUGAAGAGCAAUUGAUGAGAACCGCCCUUGCUGUACUGGGUCAAAAGAUUGGUGGAAAUAUCUCAGAUGUUGCCGAUAUUGCCCGGAGUAUUAUCAACACGAGAGCGGGUGGCCAGGGAGGCUGGGGAAGUUCUGGGGCGGGACCCGGAGCUCAAGCACCCGGUGGCUACAACUUUGAGCACGCCCAUUCCCUCGAGAGCGGACUGCUUCGUGUGCUGGAGAUGAUCGACCUGGAUGACAGCGUUAACAAGGCGCGGAUCAACCUGAGACGAUCAACUGGGCAGACGAUGCUCCACCUGGCCUGUUCUCUGGGCAUGAUUCGUUUCGUCGCAGGGCUUCUGUCACGCGGAGCGAACCCUGGAGCUCGCGAUAAGGGUGGCUUCACGCCGUUGCACUUUGCUGCAAUGCACAAUCACCCCGAGAUCGUCCGUCGACUGAUGAUUGCCGGUGCGGACCCGACCAUGCGAAGUCUGUCCGGCCUAGCUCCUGCUGAUGUGUCUCGGUCUCGUGAUGUGUUGCGGGUGCUUCGCCAAGUUGCGAGACACUCACGCUCCCGCAGCGGUGGAUCAGUCCACAGCAGAGUCAGCAGUGCCACGUCCUUGAGAUCCUUAUGGGACCCGCCCUCUGCCGCUGCGCAACAGCAAGAGUUCCUGUCUGACUCGUCUGACCAGGCCGAACCUACCGACAGCAGCUACGAGGACUCAUCAGAGGACGAUGCUGAGGACGGCAAUGAAGAUUGGCUGGAUAUGAGACGCCCGAGUCUCCCACGAUCCCCUCAUAACUUGUCUGACAUUUCCUCACCGCCAGCUGCCAACAUUCCGGCCGGCAUGGCAUCACCAAGUGCUGCUAUGACCGCGUUCAGAGACCAGUUCUCAGCGCAGAUCCAGCAGCUGCAGCAAAGUAUGGCGAUGCAUCUCCAGAACUGGCCACAAUUCCAGAUGCCUCAAAUGCCCCAGAUGCCACACAUGCCCAUGCUUCCGGAUUACCAUAACUACCUGAACAAUGCACCUGCCAUGCAACGAAUCGCCUCUUUACUGCCCAAUAUCGGCGGCUCCCGGCCCGGCUCUGCUGGUGACCAAACGCCGCGAGAAGGCGACAAGCAAUGGUGGGAGAUGCCAUCGUUCUUCAGCGGCGGAAAGGAAGUGCCGCCUCCUGCAUAUGAGGACAUAUUCCCUCAACAGGACCUCGAUACCAAGCAGGCCACGGCAGCAGCCGCAGCUGCAGAGUAUGAGGCAGAUGCUAAGUGCUCGGCGCUCUAUGAUCAGGAUCAAGCAACUGCCGAGUCUUCUAAGACUCACGAGGUUCCUGCUCUCCUACAGAUCGGGCGCAAGAAUGCCAUCACGAAGGAACAGCAAGAGAACCUGCAGCGUGCACACGCUCAAAGACUUAAGACUGGCAGCAGUGACAAAAUGCUGUGGUUCGUCUGGGUCCCUAUGCUGGUUCUGAUUCUAGGCUUCAUGCUGUUCAACGGUGCCCCAAGCUUCGUUUCCGGAACUGCAAGCUUUGUCAAGUCGGUGACCUCGUUCGCACUUGCGCCCAGAGAGGCAAUGCAGCUUUUGCGCGACCAAGCCGCCGGCCUUCCCAUAGCGGGCGAAGCUUAG